GAAGGAACAUUUUCCCAUCACUAUCGAGAGGUGCAAAAUAUUUAACUUAAUUUGAGGCUCAGGGUCAUGUUUCACAACCUGAAGUGCACGCAUUUUCGCCUUGAUUUUUUUUUUUUUUUCCCCACGGGUAUACUUCGAUCUAGAACGUAAGGUUUGCUACCUCUGGUUAUGUAAACUUGAGUCAAUCUCACCAUUAUAAUAAUACUGUUUAUUCACAUUAAUUUGCUCCAAUUUGUCGUAUCGCAUGAGUUUAAAUGUUUUUACUCGCAUUGUUUAUGUGCGUGUUUGUGAGGCCACAGUCCCCGCCCCCCUGGGCUGACCAGGUGAUAAUCAUUUAACUAUUAACUAAUCCCAGAGCCGUGAGCGGCAUGAAUAACAGGAGAAGGCGCGGGCGAGGAAGUUGGCGAGGUUGCCAUGAGCGUUUGAUUUAGUUCACCAGAGGCUGAACACGCACAUUGGAGCGAGUUCAGGACAAGAGAAAGGUUUCUACCAUGGACAGUAUGUUUGACAACCUCGCCAAAACUGAGUUUAUCAGCGUCUUUGUUGGAAACCCGAGGCUCCACAAACACGGCCACUGGCGCGCGCACGUCGACUACGAAAUCUGCCUUCACACGAACAGCAUGUGUUUUCGCAAGAAGGCCUCGACGGUCAGGCGACGUUACAGAGAAUUUGUUUGGCUGCGACGUUCCCUGGAACAAAACGCUCUGAUCAUAGAAAUCCCCAAGUUGCCCCCGUGGAAUCCUUUCUUCAGCUUGAGGAACGUCGAACAGGUCCGACAAAGGAUGAAGGGCCUGCAGGAGUUUUUAGCAACCGUUCUCCACACGCCGCUGCUGUUGUCGGACAGUCGACUCCAUCUGUUCCUCCAGUCUGACCUAAGCGUCAAAAAGAUGCAGAGGUGCGCUCUCGGCAAGGCCAGGUACACGGUGGCGGAGGCCAUCCAGAGGUUCGACAGCGUCUGCGUGACCCCGUUGGAGGACGACAAGGCCUCGCGCGACUCGGACUGUGAGAGCACCUCCUCGUCGGGCUUGGGCCUAAGCGUGGACAGCACCAUCCACGGAUGCUCCCUCCACUCGUUCGAGCCUUCCGACAGAGAUGCGGAAUUGUGCGGUUGUCCGCAAAACGACUCGGCGAACGCCGAGGCUCAACAUCGAUGGACAAGAGAGUGAAUUCUUUCGUUAACCACCAAAAACAGUUUCCCUUCCACCCCUAUUUCUAUUUAAAAAAAUAAUAAUGCUUAGUGUUUGUUUAAUGCCGAUGAUUUCAUUGUGUGUACUAAAAGAAUAUUUUGUUUUUAAAAAAAAAAAAUGACAGUAAAUCUACAUUUCAGAAUUCUUAAUUGUAUCCUACGUUUAUCGUUUUAGCUCCGAAGUCGAGGUUGGUCGGGCGUGUUUUGGAACGGCGGAGGUUUUAGAGAAACAUUUGACGAUACUUUCUUUUUUUUUUAUGGUCUGUUUAAAGGAUGAAUAAACUGUUUUUGAAGAAAA